ACGAUUUGACAAGUAGCCAAUGGGGCGCCUUGACCGCCGUCACGUGACUCGGGCAGAGCGCUUCCUGCGGCGGUGCAAAACAGACUGGCGAUCUGAGGAACGGAGAAUUGCAGUUUCUGGGUGGAAGAAGCAAACCCAGCGAUGGCCUCGGCUCCUAUAGCACCUUACAACUCCAGCCCUCUGGGGAACAGCUCCAGCCCAAACGCGUCCAGAGAGAGCCUGAAGAUGGAGCCGCUGGCAGAUGUUGCUAUGCUUCCGGGAGAAGAGAGAGUGAUCGAUAAAGACAUCAUCUACAUCUGCCCUUUUAAUGCUGCAGUCAAAGGAAAGGUGUUCAUCACCAACUACAGACUUUACUUCAAGAACACUGACUCAGAGACGCCAGUUACCCUGGACGUGCCAUUAGGUGUCAUAAGCCGUGUAGAGAAGAUGGGCGGAGCCUCCAGUCGAGGAGAGAACUCCUACGGGCUUGAAAUCACCUGCAAGGACAUGAGGAACCUGCGAUUUGCUCUGAAGCAAGAAGGCCACAGUCGAAGAGACAUCUUUGAGAUUAUUUUCAAAUAUGCUUUCCCACUGUCUCAUGGAAUGCAACUCUUUGCCUUUCUGAGUCAGGAGAAGUAUGAGGAGAAUGGCUGGAACGUUUAUGAGGCCAUGGAAGAGUACAGGAGGCAGGUUCUACCUAAUAGUGAGUGGAGGGUCACUUUCAUCAAUAAGAACUACGAGCUGUGUGACACCUAUCCCACAAUUCUUGUUGUUCCAUACAAGGCCACAGAUGAAGAUCUUAGAAGAGUUGCUGCCUUCCGCUCCCGCUGCCGCAUCCCGGUGUUGUCGUGGUUCCAUAAAGAGAACCAUGCUGUGAUCAUGCGGUGUAGCCAGCCACUGGUGGGAAUGAGCGGCAAGCGCAACAAAGAUGAUGAACGUUACUUGGACCUAAUCCGUGAGGCCAAUGGUACUACCAAACUCACCAUCUAUGAUGCCAGGCCUAAUGUCAAUGCUGUGGCAAACAAGGCCACAGGAGGGGGAUACGAGGGUGACGAUGCAUAUCAGAAUGCUGAGCUGGUCUUUCUGGACAUCCAUAAUAUCCAUGUCAUGAGGGAGUCACUGAAGAAGUUAAAGGACAUUGUCUACCCCAAUGUGGAGGAGUCUCAUUGGCUCUCCAGCCUGGAGUCCACCCACUGGCUAGAGCAUAUUAAGCUGGUGCUAUCAGGGGCCAUCCAGGUGGCUGAUAAGGUGUCUUCUGGGAGCUCUGUGGUGGUGCACUGCAGUGACGGCUGGGACCGCACAGCUCAGCUUACCUCUCUGGCCAUGUUGAUGCUGGAUUCAUACUACAGGACUCUCAGGGGCUUCCAGGUGCUGCUGGAGAAGGAAUGGAUCAGCUUCGGACACAAGUUCGCCUCAAGAAUCGGCCAUGGAGACAAAAACCAUGCAGAUCAGGACAGAUCACCUAUCUUUUUGCAGUUUAUUGACUGCGUGUGGCAAAUGACUAAACAGUUCCCAACAGCGUUUGAGUUUAAUGAACGUCUCCUGGUGGUAAUCUUGGAUCACCUGUACAGCUGCCGCUUUGGCACUUUCCUCUACAACUGUGAGAGUGCACGUGAAAGCAAUAACGUUCGGGGGAAGACGGUGUCUCUGUGGUCUUUUGUCAACAGUGACACAUCCUUGUAUAUAAACCCCUUCUUCACUCCAGAAUCCAGUCGUGUGCUUUACCCUGUUGCCAGCAUGCGCCACCUAGAGCUUUGGGUGACUUAUUACAUCAGAUGGAACCCUCGCAUACUACACCAGCAACAGAGUCCAGUGGAGCAGCGCUAUAAGGAGCUACUGGCGUUGAGGGAUCAGUACCUGAAGAAACUGGAGGAACUGCAGCUCUCAGACUCCACCCACUUGACAAACAGCUCCACCCCCAACGCUGCCACGCCCAAUCAGCACAUCACACACUUACAGACACCGUUUUGAUCCCACUCGCAAGCUGUUACAGACAUUGGACAUUUGUACAUAGCAAUAGUGAUAAUUAUGGUAACACGAUUAGUAGUGAUGUCGGCGAGAAUGAAUAACAAAACAAUUAUGCAAUAAACCACAGUACGGCCUUCAUCGUGCAAAAAAAAAAAAGCUAAACGAAAAGAGAAGCCUUAAAGUGACAGUGCUGUUUUUUUCAUGCAGCAUACCAUGGACGAAAGUGAGUCAAAUUACGUGUGUGUAUUCCAUACGCCACUUGGAUACUGCUUGGAAUGGUCUUGUGGCGAUUGAAAGCGAUCAAGUCGGACGGACGUAUGUGAUUUAUGUGUUGCGUUAUGUGUGUUCUAAAGUGUAGAUCUGAGUGAAGAACAUUUUUGAAUGUUGAGCACUAGUAAGAUGGCAGGUAAAUGGUGUUUAGAGAGUGCUGGUCUUAUGAACUGAAGUGUGCAUGGUGUCCAGUCAAUCCAGUAUCAAGCAGGGUCCUCAACCUCUGGCAGAGAAAUCAUUUCAUUAGUAUACUUGGUUUAACUGCUUGGCAAACUCAAAUGGCUGACCUCAGAAGGUAAAGGAAGCAGAUAUGUUGUCUAAAUGUCUUACUUUUUCCUCUGUAUGAUAUAGUAGGAAAAUGUUCUGAAGCAAUUAACAUUAGCUUGUUGAACAGAACCAGGGUUUUUUUUUUAAGCAAGCGACGCGGAUACCUUUUUGGUGCCUUUACUCAUAUCUGAGGUUUUUCAGGUGUAUAUUUUUUAGAGAAACAUUGUUUUUUCUUUAUGGCAGCAUCAGCGGUAGAAUCGAGUGAUUUCCAUUCACUGUGCGUUUGAGCAACAGGUUGUUUCUUCUCCUACUGAGGUCUGGAGUUGAACAAUUGCUAGUGGCAUUUGGUAAUGCACUGUAAAACGCUGUGCUGUUGCCACGGAAAGCAAAUAUUUUGUUUUUGAUGGAGCUGACAGUAUUGCAGUGAGAUGUAGCAGAGUCUGCAAAGUCUUUUGGGAAGGACGGAGUGGCUGGGAUAUGAAGUGGUGUGACGUGAAAGUGACGUGACAUACAGCCAAGUAUGGUGAGCCAUACUCAGAAUUCGUGCUCUGCAUUUAACCCAUCCAAAGUGCACACACACAGCAGUGAACACACACACACAGCAGUGAACACACACCUGGAUCAGAGGGCAGCCGUUUAUGCUGCGGCGCCCGGGGAGCAGUUGGGGGUUCAGUGCCUUGCUCAAGGGCACCUCAGUCGUGGUAUUGCCAGCCCGAGACUCGAACCCACAACCUUAGGAGUCAGACUCUCUAACCACUAGGCCACAACUUCCCCUUAAAUUGGGAAGUGAUUGAGCUGUUCCAAAUUCAGCCUUUUCCUGAGGAAGAGAGCGGUGACUGACACGGGGUGAUAGAGGGCGGCUACGGUGAGCCAGAGCUCAUGCUGCCUUCGAAACUGAACUGCUAAAGACUUUGACCUCAAUGAGGAUAUGAAGUUUAAACCAUAGUGUGUGUGAAGAAGACAAACAAGUUCAAUAAACUAACAUGUUGUUUUUAGGAGGAAAAAGACAAAUCUAUUUUUUAUCUUGUACAAGUACCAGAACUAUGUAAUUACCUCAAACAAAAACCUAUUUUACUGUUGAAAGUUCUAUUGUUGUAAAAUAUAAUUAUUUUAUUCAGUGUAAAAUUUGACAGUUUUAUAAAAAGGAAAGUAAUUAGAAAAAAAUUUGUUUGGUUUUGGUAAUUGUAGGUAAUUUGUUGGACAACCUCUUAUUAGUAUAAUUUCUUUUUUUAAUGGGCAUUUAGGUUUUGCUUUGUAACAUUUUAAAGAUCUGAAAACGAUCUGAUUAAGUAGGGAAUUCUUUUGUUCUCAAUCCCAUUGAAUGAGGUUGAGUGAAGGAAAGCUGCAAACUCUGAAUUUUUUUUUUCUGACAUUAUCUUAAGUUAGACAAUAGUUUAGAGGGAUCUAUUUUUGUUUUGUAUUCCCACAUGUAUCCUUUAUUUGUUGACCAGCUAUUGUUCUGUACAUAAUGCUGAUUAAAUUAAUUUAAAGAGUUCACAAGAAAAA